GAACAACACACUGGACCACCAACAGGAAAUUCGGCAGCAAGUAUCUUUUUUAAAUUUAACCUCACUCACUUCUGUGUGUGUGUGUGUGUCAGAGAGUGAGUAAGUAUUUGUAUUACUAUAAGUUAUAGUGUAAACUGCUCUAUACCUACAGAUGGAAGCAUUCGUUUCUGUUCAGCCUGGUGUUUGGGAUCCCUGUGAUGGGUCUGAUGAUUUACAUGAUGGUAAUGGACAGUCAACACAAGGAACAUGGUGGUUCCAUGCCUGUGGACCAGAACAUCCUACCUGGUCUCUCCAUCAUUAACUUGGCCUUCUUCCUGCUUUGCACACCUGUUCAGUUUGUAGGUGGCCGUUACUUCUACAUACAAGCGUACCGUUCGCUAAGACAUGGUGUAGCCAACAUGGAUGUGCUCAUAGUCUUGGCGACCACCAUUGCAUACAUGUAUUCAUUCAUAGUGCUGAUCGUAGCCAUGAUUGAAGGAGCCAAACAGAGUCCUCUGACAUUUUUUGACACUCCUCCGAUGCUUUUUGUGUUCAUCGCACUAGGACGCUGGCUGGAGCAUGUUGCUAAGAGUAAAACAUCUGAGGCUCUGGCUAAACUGAUGUCACUUCAGGCCACAGAUGCCACUAUAGUGUCCCUGGGCAGAGACAACACCAUCAUCAGAGAAGAGCGGGUUUCUGUGGAGCUGGUGCAGAGAGGAGACGUGGUAAAGGUGGCACCAGGGGGAUUCCCUGUUGACGGCAAGGUCAUUGAAGGCACGUCUAUGGCAGAUGAGUCCCUUAUCACUGGGGAGCCAAUGCCGGUCAUUAAGAAACCAGGCAGUUGUGUGAUUGCAGGCUCUAUUAAUGCUCAUGGAGCUCUGUUGGUGGAAGCCACACAUGUAGGGGCAGAGACCACGCUCAGCCAGAUAGUUAAACUAGUGGAAGAGGCCCAGACAUCAAAGGCACCGAUUCAGCAGUUAGCAGACAAACUGAGUGGCUAUUUCGUUCCGUUCAUUGUGGUGAUCUCCGUGCUGACAGUAGUUGCAUGGCUGAUCAUUGGCUUUCUGGACUUUGAAGUUGUGGCAAAGUAUUUCCCUGGUUACAACCAAAACAUCCCCCGAACAGAGGUGAUCGUUCGCUUCGCGUUCCAGGCCUCCAUCACGGUUCUGUCCAUCGCAUGUCCCUGUUCUCUGGGUCUGGCGACCCCCACUGCUGUUAUGGUGGGCACAGGGGUGGGAGCUCAGAAUGGCAUUCUCAUAAAGGGAGGAGAACCUCUGGAGAUGGCCCACAAGGUUGGGGCUGUUAUGUUUGAUAAGACGGGCACCAUCACUAAUGGUGUGCCGCAGGUGACCAGAGUACUGGUCCUGUGGGACAGAGCAAGGCUUCCUCUUCGGACAGUUCUGGCUGUGGUGGGCACCGCUGAGGCCAGCAGUGAACACCCGUUGGGCAUGGCUGUGGCCAAGCAUUGCAAAGAGGAGUUGGGAAUAGAAACUCUGGGCUACUGCCAUGACUUCCAGGCUGUUCCUGGCUGUGGAAUCAGCUGUAAAGUCUCCAGCAUUGAGAAUCUGCUGCAGAACAGCCCAAAGACACAAGAAAUAAACACAUCCCAUGCAAAGCAAACACCAUUUUUUGUCGCCCUCCAAGGAGCCACCACAGAUGAGAGCAGCCUAGUGGCAGACACAGAGACAAAUUCAGGGUCAGAGAGCCCUUCAUACUCUGUUUUGAUUGGGAACAGACAGUGGAUGAUGAGGAAUGGUUUGGAGGUCGCGGCUGAUGUGGAUGAUGCCAUGAGCAGCCACGAGACUAAAGGACAGACAGCCAUACUUGUGGCCAUCGAUGGUGUGCUGUGUGCUAUGUUAGCUGUGGCAGACACAGUGAAGGCAGAGUCGGCUCUAGCUGUUCACACCCUGAGCAGUAUGGGAAUAGAGGUCUUUAUGAUCACUGGAGACAACAGACGCACAGCCCGGGCCAUCGCCACACAGGUGGGCAUAAGAAAGGUGUUUGCGGAAGUCUUGCCCUCCCAUAAAGUGGCAAAAGUCCAGGAAUUGCAGGAACGAGGUCUGAAAGUUGCAAUGGUGGGCGAUGGAGUCAAUGAUUCACCUGCUCUUGCACAUGCUGAUCUGGGCAUUGCCAUAGGAACGGGUACAGAUGUAGCAAUUGAAGCAGCAGAUAUUGUCCUUAUACGGAAUGAUUUACUGGAUGUGGUGGCCAGUAUCGAGUUGUCUAAAAAGACAGUGCAGAGAAUCCGGAUAAACUUUGUGUUUGCUCUCGUUUACAACUUGAUUGGCAUCCCUAUUGCAGCAGGUGUGUUCAUGCCGGUUGGGAUGGUACUGCAGCCAUGGAUGGGCUCUGCUGCGAUGGCAGCUUCAUCUGUCUCAGUUGUGCUCUCCUCUCUACUGCUGCGACUCUACAAGAAGACAUCAGCAGAAGAGUACGAGUCCAGAGCUCAGAAUCAUAGGCUCAGCCUGAGUCCGUCUCAGGUCAGCACCCAUGUAGGACUGGAAAACCGUCGCUGUAGCCCUCUCUCAUUCCUCCGGAGCUUGGACAGACACAGACGGAGCCAUUCAGGCUCAGGCUCCUCCUCCCUGAAAUCAAACUCCUCCCACCCCUCCAUAACACAACCAUACAGCACCUCAGGGAAGAACAUUGUGUAAGCAACUGGCAAUGAGCAGCCUUGAUGACAAUAUGGAAAUAUUUUAUCUUGGAAUGACGAUUCUAGGGAAUACAAUUUUAUAAGUGUUCAAUUUUUAUAUAAUUUUACAAUGAUAGAUUUUAUCAAGAAUUUUGCAUGAGGGUGAAAGAUUUCCUGACACAGAUUCAAGAAAGAGGUUCAUGUUGAUUCACUGGGAUUUUUGCUAACACCAAUUUUACCUUUUAAAAAGUUGAUUUGGAGAAUAAAUGGAUGGAUGGAUCUCUUUGUAGGUAGAUUUGGCAUUUCUUGGCCAACAGGUAGCAGUAAUGUUAAACAGUUUAUAGAUGGAAAGGAUAUGGCUGGAUUGUAUGGAAUGCCACAGGUUAAACAGUUUGAUAAGUAGGCUUUGUAGAAAAAUAAUUGAUUUGACUUUGAAAAUUAUUGAUUUGACAGUAGAUUCAUAGUGGAUUCAUACAAUUAUCUGACAGUUUGCUUCCAGAUUACAUUUAAGGAUAAAAUAUGUGUUGGAAUGAAUAUAGAGGCACCUUUACAGUGACACUUUUAUUUUAGAAAAACUGGAUAUGUUUAUUAAAUAUACAGUUAACAGUGUUAAAACGAGCCUGUCCAUGAGUUUUCAGAUACAAAAUAAAGUGCAUGGUCCCAGCAUGGCCUUGUCAUGUGCUAUAUGUAAUUUGUGAUACAUCAUUAAAAUAUGUAUAUUGAGAGAUGUAAUCCCAUCCUGUUUCAUUCAUCCAUCAGCAUGUCAAGAUGGUCAUCAAAAAUACAAAGUACCUACUAUU